CAAAACUUUUUGCAUCUGUCUGUUUGUAAUGUGUGUUAUGUAAUACCACUGAAGGGUACUACUCCAUACUGCUGGAUUGUGUGUGCCUGAUCUCCAUUUUGAUGGUGCUGAGAUAACUUGCUUAUCUCAUCACUGUAAUAAUAUCUUUUUUAAGGUCUGCAUGACUGUGCGAUGGCUUGUAAAUGAACUGCAGUGGCUUGUUAUAGGGGAUGAAAAGAGCAUUCUGAGAUGCUGUUUUGGGGCUUUUGGUUAAGAUUUUCUUAGGUACCUGAUCUCUGCUACAAAGACUAGAUUUUUUUUUUCCUGGAAACCAGAUACACUCGGGUAUAAAUGAUGACCUUUUUUAACACACAGCUGCCAUCAGUUCACCAGCCCGGGCCGCACAGUGUGCACCUUGUGCCUGCACAGCAGAACGAAGGGGUCGGCUGCGUCACGGCUGCUGGGAAAGACUUACUGGAAAAGAUUCAGAUUCGUGUGUAACAUAAUCAGAGACCCAGAAAAUGCAGUCAGCGAGGAAAGAGAAUUGAAUUUAUUUUGUCUACAGAGAAGCCAAAGAUUUUUGUUCCUUUAGAUAUGUUGCACUGGUUAAUGUCUUCCCCCCUCUGAAACAAGGAGUGUCCUUCACUAUCUUCACCUUUGUGAUUAUCCCACUUGGUUAAAACAGUUAUGGGUGAUGAGUCAGUACCAUAUUUUCUGGGUGAAGGAACCACUAAAACAUAUCAAAUACCUAUUAGUCAUCUGGACUACAAAUUCAUUGAGAAAUGCACAGAUGUUAAGCACCUGGAAAAGAUUCUCAGGGUAUUAAGGUCUGGUGAGGAGGGGUGUUACCCUGAACUGACGUUGGCUUGUGAGAAGCGAAUUGAGUGUUUGGAUCCAAGGAGCAGAGCUCUGAGGAAAGAUAAGCCUGCAGCCACAGCUUCUGAUUUCACAGCUGAAGAAUGGCAAGCAAUUAAUAGUGAACUGAUGAGCUGGCUGUCAGAAAUGAAUGAAGAUGAUAAAAAAUCACAGCUCCUGAGAACAGACACACCAAAUGAAAGACCAGAUAACUUGCCUCCCAUUCGUUGUUCCAGCAGCUGCCCUCCCACUAAUCAGAAUAAAAAUUUGCAAAACAAACAAAGAAGCAAGAAAAACAUACCACGGGAUUACAGUGAAUGGGACAAGUUCGAUGUGGAAAAGGAAUGUUCUAAAAUUGAUGAAGACUGUGAAGAAAGUAACUCAAAAGCAAGAUUCUUCUGUAGGCCAAGUCUACCCAUAAUUGAAAAGAAAAUUGACACAACUGGAAUGACAAAGAGAGAGAAAAUUUUUAUUGCUACUCGUGAGAAAGAAAAAGGCAAUGAAGCCUUUGCCACUGGCGAUUAUGUGGAAGCAGUGACAUAUUACACUCGGAGUUUAUCAGUAAUACCAACUGCAGCUGUGUAUAAUAACAAAGCUCAAGCAGAAAUCAAACUUCAGGACUGGGACAAUGCUUUGCAGGAUUGUGAGAAGGUACUAGACAUGGAACCUGGCAACAUAAAAGCUCUGAUGCGUCGUGCCACUGUGCACAAUCAUCUGCAGAAUUACCAGGCAGCUAUAGAGGAUCUGAAUGAAGUGUUGUCUGCUGAACCAGAAAACUCUAUGGCUAAGAAAAGUCUGCUAGAGAUUGAAGAGAAACUGAAGGGUUUAAAGCCUGUAUCUGAGCCUCAAGGCAAAGGAAAAAAAAUACUUAUUGAAGAGAUAGAGGAUUCAGAAAGUGGUGAAGGAAGAGAGGAAAAUACAGAAGAACGUGAAAGACGUGGUGGAGAUAAAAGCUGCGGCGCGGCAGCGGCGGCGCGGGCGGCGGCCGGGGAGCCCGCGAUGGGCAACGCGCACAGAAAGUCCCACGGCAAAGGCAAGGCGCAGCAGGACAGAGACGCGCACAAGCACAAGGACUCCGCUGAGAACGGAGGGAAAAAAGGCGCGUCAAAGAAGAAGUCAGAAAAGCAUCUGUCGGACCAUGAAGGCGAAGUUAAUGGCUAUUUAUGCAGCGAUGAGAAGAGUGAAAGCGCCGAAGCUGAGGAGAUCUCCACACCGCAUGGGGAAGGGUCUCAGUCGGCUGGUGGUGGCAGCUCCACUUCACUUCCUCCUGCUGCAGCAAAACUAAAAAGUGAAGGAAACGAGUUAUUUAAGAGUGGACAGUUCGGAGAAGCUGUGCUCAAAUACUCGGAAGCAAUUGAAUAUGUCACUGGUCUUGGAGAACAAAGUCCAGACGAUUUAAGUAUCUUGUACUCAAACAGAGCAGCAUGUUACCUCAAAGAAGGGAACUGCAGUGACUGCAUUCAGGAUUGUAACAGGGCUCUGGAGCUCCAGCCAUUUUCCCUUAAGCCCCUUUUACGGCGAGCGAUGGCAAACGAGUCAAUGGAGCGCUACCGACAGGCGUACAUUGAUUACAAAACAGUGCUGCAGAUAGACAGCAGCAUCCAGGCAGCCAACGACAGUGCUAACAGAAUAACAAAGACUUUAAUAGAUCAAGAUGGUCCCAGUUGGAGGGAGAAGCUGCCACCAAUUCCAGUUGUUCCAGCUGCUGCUCAGCUACACAGGUGGGAUGGAGGAAGCCUCACUUCAGAGAAUAAACCAAGUACCACAGACAUCAACAGAGAAGAAGAAUUGCAGAUGAAUUGUGAGGAAGCUGCGGAGAAGUUCAAGAGGUUGAAAAAUGAAGGGAAUGACUUUGUAAAAAUGGGGGAAUACGAAGAAGCUGCAAAUAAAUACAGUGAGUGCAUGAAGUUAAAUACUGAGGAAUGUACUGUCUACACUAACAGAGCUCUCUGUUACUUGAAGCUGUAUAAAUAUGAAGAGGCUAAGCAGGAUUGUGAUCAUGUUCUUCAGAUAGAAGAUUCUAAUAUUAAAGCUUUUUAUAGAAGAGCACUAGCACACAAAGGAUUACAGAAUUAUCAAGCCAGUGCUGAUGAUUUCAACAAGGUACUUGUAAUAGAUCCAAAUGUUGUUGAAGCACAAAAGGAAUUGGAGGAGGUAACCCAGCUGCUUCACCUUGACAGCAGUGCUGAGGAUGGCAGUCAGCAAGCCCACGGGAAGAAGAUAACCAUACAAGAGGUGAGUGACCCUGCUGAGCGGGGAGAGGGGCCCUUGGCUGCAGCAGAAGGUGCUGAGGAGGCCGAGCCCAAGGCAGUGCCCAGGAGAUCCUCGCAGAAACUCCGCGUUUCAGAGCCACCCAACGCCUACGACUUCGGUCAGAUCAUCAAUGCACUGAACGCCAGCAAGGACAAAGCUGCUUGUGCAGAUCUCCUAACAACUACUGAUCCAAAAACACUGCCAGUGCUGCUAAGUAACAAACUUGAAGGAGAAAUCCUUCUGCUUUUUAUCCAGUCAUUGGAACAUUACAUAGCUGGAAAAGAUCCUGGCCUUGCAUAUCAGCACCUGUUCUACUUGAGCAAAGCCAAAAGAUUUAAGGUGGUGCUGGCUCUUCUCAGCAAAAAUGAAAAAGAAGAGGUACAGCAUCUGUUUGACUUACUUACAGAAAGCCAGAGUGAUCAGUACUCACUGGAAGAUCUUGAGAGCCUUAAAAAGGUUUAUGAACUUUAAGAAGUUAAAGUUUAUUGGCUGCAUGCAUAUAGUUCAUGUUAGAAGAUGAAUGAAUGAACUCUGCGGACUUGCCUGGGUUCAAGUGGGUCUUUACCUGGACUGCUGGAAUUCUAUUUUGUUUUGACAGCAUAUGCACAUUUAAAACUUGCUGCUCUUUUCUUCUGGUAGUUGUAUACAUCUCUAGAAUUUAAUGCCCAUCUGUGUUCAGUAACAGAGUUCAUUUCAUUUGGCAUACUGAUUUUAUUUAGACUCAGAAAAAUAUAUUUUACCUUCUAUAUGCAAUGGGAAAUACCUUGAUGGUACAGUAGGUAAAUACACUUUUAGUCAUCACUUGUUACAUCAUUUUGUGAGUUCUGUGUUGUGAUAAAAGAAGUGUCUUCAAGAUAAAUGGGUCAGUUAGCAGUAACUUUGCUAAAAUGAGUUUACAAGAAGUAUUAACAUUUUUCAGAAAACUCCUGUGGACCACCUAUUUGUUCACUAUUCCUGGUCUGUACAAAACAGAUUUAAAUAUUUUGGCUCAUAACAUCUUAACAAAAAAGAUGAAUGAAUUAUUGAUUAGCUUGUCAUGGAAACAAUUAUUAAAUGGAUGGGUAUGUUUUUAACAAGUGAGUAAUUUUUACAGAGAACUCUUUUCCUCUGUGUUCAGGAGGAUGGCUGGUUUGCUGACUUCUUUUGGGCAGUGACAGAAGAACAGGUAGCUGCACUGCACAAUAGAAAUAUUGAACUCUGAGUUUUGUAUUCAGAUUAUUUAAAAUACCAGCUAUUUCUGUUUACAGAUAUAUUUAUAAAACUACAACAAUUUUUUGGACCAGUAUAAUUAUUUUUAAUUUCAGGCAUUACUUAUGUUUUAUAUUUGAUUCUGACAAAGUUCCUUCAAAGGUGAAGCUUUUCAAUUUUUCAGAUACCCUGAUGCCUUCUUUGCACAGAUGAUAUAAAUGUAUAUCAAACUCACUUAGCACUGCAGAAAUAUCAUUAAGAAUGUUGUUCUAAUGAAAAUUUUUCUCAGGUGUAUACUAAUUAAUAAAGUUAUUUUCUUGAGAAAUACAA